UCGGUUAUCAGUUUAUAUCAGUGUAAGGGCUUUAAGAAUCACAAAAAUUGAGAAUUAUUGAUAACUCUUGUUAAACGAAGCUAACAACUGAAGAGGGUUGGAAUGUAUAUAGUGGCAAAAAAAAUAAAAAAAUAAAAAUAAAAAUUGGUAUUUUAUCCGUAUUCUUGCGCAUUAUUCAUGUUUCAGAUUUCGAAAGCUCGAUUAAUUUGACCAAGCAAUGGAAAAAAAAAAAAGACUUUUAACCCAAAUAUCCAACGAAACCAAAACACACCGUGAAAUAUACGCGGGCAGCAUCUGCGUUAUUCUUUCCCUAUAAAAUUAACUUAUAGAAAGGGAAAUUAGUGGUUGUCUAGCUUGUCUUCUUUGGCGAGUUCAUUGAAACUGAAUGCUAAUUGAUACCGAGGAUCCUGCAUCAAAAAUGCACAAUAUUUCUCAUCAACAACAUCUUAUUAGUCGCGUAGACUGCCUUACAAAUGUUACAUUUUUACUAAAUUAGUUCAAUGCAGGUAUAGUGUGUGAGAACCGGCUGCUAGAAUGAACAGUUCAUAAAAAAUACUCCAAAACAGUUCACAACAAAAGAAUUUUAAAAUAGAACAAUAAAAAAAGACUGCUUUAACCCCCCUAGCCUACGGGUCUGUUAGUGAACCAAAAGAAAUCAUCUUGAUAUUUGCUGUGAAGCGAGUGUCUGACUAAACGUUGAAUAUAUUCACUUCAGUUUUUAUCGACCUUUCUAAAAGGAAUGGUGCAAUGUCAUUGUUCGGUUCAAUUUUGUCAUCAUUUAUGUUYCCGCUCUUCCAAGAACUGGCUUAGUUUAUUAAACAGUUACAAUUCCAAGAAUCCCCAGUCCUUUCUCAAGAGGUUUUCAAAAUGUACAGCACCCUUUCCAGUUAUUCUUAACUUUAAAUCCUAACUACUAAUUUAUACUAAGGCACCAAAACCUUUGCAAGAUCAAAUCCAGAGACAAACUCAGAGGAACGUUAAGCAAGGAUGGGUCGUAACAGUUCAAAGCCACAAAAAGUAGAAUCAAAGCCAGAACCUCCAGUAGUAAGUCCGUUCAAAGAGAAACCGUGGAGGAAGAUCARAGGAGGAUGGAAUGAAAGCACAAGAAAUAAAUUGAUGUCCAAAAUUAAGAGUUUUGAUCCCCUGACUCUUAAUUUGCAAACUUUUAAUAUCAUACUCACUGGGCAAGUCAAAUCAGGAAAGUCUAGCUUCUAUAACAGUAUUAACAGCAUCUUUGAAGAUUUCGUCCGUCCUACUAAAGCAGCUGCUGGGGAAAAAGGACAGAGCUUUACUAAAGAGUUCAACAUGUAUAAAUUGGAACACAACCCUCGCAUCAGGAUUGGUGACACAAUGGGUAUGGAACCAGAGACCAGUGAAGCUGAUAUCACGAAUAUAUUGAGUGUAGUGGACGGACAUGUACCAAAUGGUCAUAAGUUCAAUCGGAAUGAGGARUUCCUUUCGACCAGUUCAGAGUAUAUCCAAAACCCUGAACUUAAAGAUAGAGCUCACUGUGUAGCUCUUGUGAUCAAUGCCAAUGAUGCCUCAAUCAUGAACAAUGACAUGGUGCGUAAAUUGCAAAGAUUGGGAGAUGGCCUUUACGAACGAGGAAUACCUAUUGUUGUUCUACUGACCCAUGUGGAUGAGUUCCACCCUGAAGUURUAGAUGACAUAACCAAAACCUUUCACAGUAGACCCUUGGAAGAACGCGUGGACAAGGUACACAAGAUGGUACAUGGUUUGCCAAGAAACCAGAUAUWUCCCGUUAUCAACUAUAGUACAGAUUGUGAUCUUGACGACAACAUGGAUAUUCUUCUGUUGUAUGCACUGCGCUGCAUGAUURGUGCUGCUGAGGACCAUCUCCGUAAAAAAAAGGAUCAACAAUCCGAGAAAGAAGGAAAGACAAGUCAUAAAUCCCCGUAAAUGCGCGCUGAGUCCUACAAGAUGGACGGACAUUUCGACAAUCUUUGUCUGUUAUCAUUAGAUACUAGUAAACCUAAAGUAUUGUAUAUUGCCAUUUAUUUAGCUUCGCCCAAUAUAGAAUAGUAAGGGUAAACAAGUAUCGGUGGACCUAUUUUAUCAGUAUAUAAUAAUACGUUUUGAUUAUUUGUUGAUCGCUCAGUUUAGGCUAUUUAUUCAGAGUAUGUUUGAAAAUCAAUACCCAAUGAGUAGAACAUUUUAAAAAUACCUUAACGAAACUUAUACAUAACUAAUACCAUUCAAGAGCUAUGAACGCUAUGAAGGCUUGGAACUGGAUUAUUUGGUCACAUGCAUGAAACUUUAUCUGACAAAUGACUUGAUUAGCAAAUCUCAAGAUUCUACUCCCAAAUCCAUGGUCAGUACUUUUGAAUGGAGUCCAGAACAAUUCAGUUUUAAAAAAACACUAUGCAACAAGACUACAAACAUAGCUCCCUUCUCAAAAACUGACUUAGAUAUAUAUUAUACUGAUAUGAUAAAAUGGCUCCUCGAUAAUAACAACUCCUUUUUCAUAUUA